AGCAAGGUUUAAACUGUUUAUCAUAUGGCACAGCCUUCCUGAAUGACAUUCAUAAAGAUGGAUUUCAUUUCGAAAUCAGUUAACAGUUAAGAUAGUAAAUCAUAAUUUACCAUGGAGUAAUUUAUUGUAGAACCUGAAUAAAAGUAAAAACAUGACAACUGGAGGUCUGACCGGAUUCAUGACUAUAGUUGUCCCAAGUGUGAGGCAAAUCACUUAAGCACAGAAGCCCAGCCCUUCUGACAAGAAUGUAACUUUUUUUGUGGCAUAAUUAUGCUUUAGGACAUUGAUAAUGUUGGGUUUCAUAUUGAACUAGCGAGUUAAGACAGUUACGUACAAUUGCAAAAUGAAACUCAAAAUGAAGUCGAAUAUUUCAGAACGUGUAUAAAAAUGGCAACUGGAGGUUUUUCCAUUUAUAAAGGAUCUGAUCUGAUUUAUGACUUCAGUUGUUCCAAGUGUAAAGAAAAUGACUUUAACGCAGAAGCCCAGCACUUCUGUCUUGAGUGUGAACACUAUCUGUGUGACAAGUGUGUAAAGCUGCAUAACGGCUACCAUAAAAAACACAAUGUGUAUGGGCGUGGUGAUACUGAAAAAUGGGUGGUAUCGUCAAUUGAUAGAUGUCACCAACAUGGCAAAGAGCUGGAGGUCCACUGUGAUGACCACCAGGAACUUUGCUGCAGUGUCUGUGUAGCACUCAACCACAGGCUGUGCAACAGCAUCAGUCACCUCGAUAACCUUGCAAAAGGCUUCCUGAAGAAAGCCGAGUUCAAGGAGCUGGCAGCGAAAGUGGACACAAUGAGGAGCAGGCUGAUUGAGCUCAAGAAGGCAAGGACAACUGUAUUUAAUGACUCGUAUAAGAAUAUUGUAGCUGAAAUCAAGGCACUUAGAAAUGAGAUUGACACCAUUCUUGAUCAAAUUGAGAAGGCAACAGUAGAACAACUAGACAACAUGGUUGGUAAUUUGGAAAAUGAUGUCAAAGAUGAUGUUGAUAAAUGUGUGAUGAUGAAUGAUCAACUGAAGAACCUUAUGGAAAAGAUCAAUCAAAUGAUUGGACAAUGCAAGGAGACAAACGCCUACAUAGGAUGUAGAAUAAUGACGGCAAAAUUAACCCAGGCUAAUAAUCUUAUUGGUGAAGUACAGAGAAAAUCAAAGGAAGAAAUACAGUUUGAAGCCGACACAACCAUAGAGUCAUUCCUUAAAAGCCUGAACACACUGGGGUUGGUUGAGGUGAAAGAUUACAAAGAUUGUAUGUAUCAGGUCGUACGAUCAAUGCAAUAUAACAUUAAAAUAAAACAGGAUAGACGGUUAUGCUCUAUAGCAGGAAUAUGUGAGUUGUCCAGUGGACUAAUAGUCAUCGCAGAUUUUUCUAAUUGUAAAGUGAAGCUUCUGAAUAAUACGUUUCAGGUCAUUGAUCACUGUGAUCUUUCUGCUCCUCCUUUUGCCAUGUGUCACAUUGCAGCCAGUGAGGUAGCUGUAGCAGUUGAUGAUAAUAAAAAAGCACAUAAAGUACAAUUUAUCAAAGUCAGUCAAAGAGGGGGACUAAAGAAAGUGAGAAAGUUCACCACAGACCAUCUCUGCAUCUCUAUCGCUUACCACCAGGACCAGCUGUAUGUUGGUUCCAAGACUGCCCUGUACCAGUAUACAAUGGAUGGAGAUGUUGUUAAGAAGAUUUAUGAAAAUAUGGCUGGGGAUGUAACUGUUGCGAGAUGUGAUGUAAGUCCUGAUGGAGAGAGAAUAUAUGUUUUAAACUUUGAUAAACACAAAUUGAUUUCACUGGAUAAAUGUGGCCAGGAGUUAGCCUAUUCUCAACUACACAGUCUAUCUGGAUUAUGUGUCAGCCUGAGUGGCCAUGUGUAUGUGUGUAGUGUUGCAUCUAACACUGUACUACAGGUGGACAGUGAGUCGACAAAGAAGCUGGCCAAAGUGGCAAGCGAGACUGAUGGCAUAAAUGAACCUUGGUCAUUGGAGUUCAUUGACAGCACGUCCAGCCUUGUUGUUGGUGGAUAUGAUAAUGAUAACAUUGUUGUUCUUCAGUUAGAGAAGAUAUGAGUAUGUUAAUAAAAUCAUUAUUAAAUAUGAAAAACAGUCCAUGGUCAAUGGGGUUCAUUAAAGACAAUUAUCCUACAACAAUGAUAAAACUGUUUUUUUAGUUAAGAAAGAUAUGAGAAAAUAGGGAAACUAAAUUAUGAACAUGAAACUAAGUUUUAAGUGGUGAGCUACAUACAAAGGAUAGUGUUAAAUCACAAUCAUAAUUCUGAGUGUCCAUCAAGCAUCAUACUUCACAAGUGAUCAUAUUCAUGAAUACUUACUAGGCACUUACCACAUGUAAAAAGCUGUGAAAUGACGUUUAAUUGUAUUUUAUCAGAAAAAAAACUCAUCCACAAUUGUAUUUGAACAGGAUGCCAGAAAGACCGCAACAUUGAACGCUUAUCAAAUUGAUAUCUCAAACAGUAAAAUAUCACGGUGUGUGCAAAUAUGAAAAAGUAAGAAUGCAAAAACAUCACAUGUUGUCAUUAAGAAAACAUUGAGUAGUUUGAACUUGCUGUUAUAAGAGUGUUGAUUUUAUAAAAGAAAACUUAUUUGGGCUUUAAGAUGUUAUCAUUAUCAUCAUUUCCUGUUUAACUUAAAGAUGCACUCUUAUUCCCAGAUAAGAUUUACCACAAUUAAUAGUAUUGUUUUAAUAUUCCAAAAAGAUGAAUAAAUGUCGAAAACAAUGGUUCUUAUGAAGGAUACCAAGUUGAAUUUGAAAGAAAUACGCAUAAAACACGGUAUUUCUACCUUAUGAGACUAUUGUAGACUACAGUAAAUAUUUUAGCAUUCACCAAUCAUUUAAUAUAUUUGCGCUUUCUGCUAUUGAAUACACGGUUAUAAUCUUGUUAUCAGUAAUUAAUAUUUUCCAUAAAUGUAUUAUUUAGUAAGUAGUUAAUGGCUUAUCAGUCAAAAUUGAUGUUUGUAUUACAUGUGUAUGUAUUGAUUUUGAGUAAGAGUUAUAGCCAUUAAUAUCUUUAUUUAAAUUGAUGUAUUUGAGUUAUGAAGUGAAAUGCACUUUAGUUUGUGUUUAAAACAUCCAAUUUUGUGGAAUUUAUAUGUUUGCGUAUUUUUAUAUUUUAAACUUGCAAACUGUGAUAUGUAUGGUAUAUUAAGAUAUCGACCAAAUACAUAUAUAAAUCGUAUCCUCCCUUAUACCAUAAUUCAUAAGAAUGAGUGUGUCCUAUUGCACAUUUUAUAUGAAUGCGUGUGUCAUAUUGUGUAUUGCAUAUGAAUGUGUGUUUCAUAUUGUUUAUUGCAUAUGAAUGUGAGUGUCAUAUUAAAUAUAUCGUGU